AGUUAGCAGUCUAGGGUAGAAUAAUGUUUAUGCUUGGUAACCGCCAACCGGUGUUUUCAUCUUCAAAUUUUUUGAGAUUUUAUUGGUCGCAUAUUACUUCUUGUAACAAAAAAUGCCAACAGAUCAAGUUCAUUACUCCGAAAAAUACUGCGACGAUAAAUACGAGUAUAGACAUGUGAUACUACCGAGUGAUCUUGCUAAGCAUGUUCCAAAAACUCAUCUCAUGACUGAAUCAGAAUGGAGGAAUUUAGGAGUCCAACAGAGUCCUGGAUGGGUUCAUUACAUGAUGCAUGGACCAGAGCCACAUGUUCUAUUAUUUCGCAGAUUGAGAACUGAUCUGAUGCCCGUAUCUAAACGUACUUCUUUACAAAGACAACAACCUCUUGAUGUACAAAUUUAUUGAAUUUUAUAAGAUUUAAGUAAGUUUUACAUGCUUGUUCGAUAAUCUAUAAUUGCUUUCGGCGAUCGGAGACAUGCACGAAUCUUCGCCAUUGAUAUCGAAAUUGAUUAACCUUGUGAGAUGUUUUUCGUCGAGCACACAAAUAUAAUGCAGUUGAAGCAUGACAUCAUCGGUUUAACAUGUCAUUCACAAGUCACGACAUAUUUUACAGUCCUUAUGAUUAACGACCAUUUGGAUUAUUCCGCAUUUGCGUUCUUCUAAGUAAUUAUCUACAUCGUUCUCCGAUAUAAUUCUCCGGCUGUUUUAUUUUUUUUUUCUUUCAAAAAAAAUCUAAGUUUACACAGCAAGUUUUUAUUCCAAGCGAUGGAUACAAGUAUAAUUUAAUAAAUAUAUAAACAAAUAUUUGAGAGAAAACCUUUUUUAUAAAAGAAACAUCUGAGUGCGUUGUAACAACAUUUGUUAUUUAAACAACUUUUGCAUAUAUAUAUAUAAUACAUAUAAUUACAUGUACGUAUAAAAGAGCGAUAAAAAAAAAAAAUUUUUUUCUUAUAGCUGAGAACGUUAUGUUCAAGUAAAUGGAAAACUAAUGCGAGGAAUACGUAAGAUCGCGUGCGUUUUUCAAAUGACACAAAUAAUCCGACAGGGAUAAUAGCAACGGAUUGAUAGGAAGCAUUCACGAAAGCAUGCGAACUAUAUUUUAAUAGCUCCAUUAGCAAUCGGAAGUACGGUGUUGCGCGAGCGAAAGAGGAAGAAUUGCGGUUAUAUUCUUACUUAUUGUCCUUUUCCAACGUUUUUUUUUUCUUUUUUUUUUAUCGAUUAUUUCGUAAUAUACAAGAGAUUGGGGGUAGGGAGACGGUAUAAAAGUAUGGAUGGACAUGUUCCUGGUUGUAAGUUGGGAAUUUAAAGUCGCGUCUGAGCGAGGACUCGGCGGAAUGAUCACUUCGUGAUUGUUCUCAGCUGGUUUCAUCAACGUGUGCUUUUUGCUGCGCAAUCUCGAGUGUUGUGUUUUCACUCAAACAAAAAACGUAUUGUUAAUCGAAUCGAAUAUAUUUUUUCACAAUUUUAAAUUGCAUACAAGUGACGUAA